AUGGAGACGAUAAGUGAGGGUAUGGGCCGUUUGGCAUUAUCAGAAGAUGAAAAGUGGAUAAAUGAGGGUGAGGAAAUAGAAGAAGAAGAAAAAGAUGAGAUGGUGAAUAAGAGCAAGGAAUUAGAAGAUGAUGAAGAGAAAGGAGAAGAGAUGGUUAAUAAGGUUGGUGGUGUGGUUUUAGGUAAAGAUGCGAAGUGGAUAAAACACUACAGUAGCUCCCAAAAGAUACUACUAGUUGGAGAAGGAGACUUCUCAUUUUCUGCUGCUCUUGCCACCGCAUUUGGAGACGCUUCUAACAUGGUUGCCACUUCUCUCAACUCCCACGGUUUUUUGGCUGAAAACUAUAAGAAUGCUCUUCCCAACGUUGAUAUGUUGACCAAUAAGGGAUGUACAGUGAUGCACGGUGUUGAUGUUAGAAUCAUGGCCUACAAUGCACUGUUACGGUUGGAGGGUUUAACGUUUGAUCGCAUUGUUUUCAAUUUUCCGUUCGCUCGUUUGUCCAAAAAAUCUCCAUCUCCUUCGAUUCAAUGUCAGCAGGGACUUGUGCGAGCAUUUCUUAAAAAUGCGGUGAAGAUGAUCGGUGAGGAUGGUGAGAUCCAUAUAACACACAAGACUAAUGGGAGUCAUAUUUAUUGGGACAUAACUGGUUUGGCAUACAAGCAAGGACUUGAGUUGGUGAAAUAUGCUGAUUUUAGGCUUGAAGAUUAUCCGGGUUACAACACCAAAUUUGGCUUUGGAGGUGACCGCAAUUUCAAUUGCUAUCCAAGCACCACUUAUAUGUUCCGGUUGUCGGAUGAUGGGAGGGGAUCGGAUUAA